GUAUAUAUAUUCAGUGCUGGCAGUUCUCCCAGUGCGUAUGCAUGACGAGCUGGGACACCCAGGAGCAGCGCAGACCCGUCGGACCACGUUGACAUCGCAGUCAUAGUGAGGCACUGUCACACUUUGUCACAGUGCCUGGGUGGACCCUCAGCCCCACAGGGCACCUGUGGAACCACUGCAGGUUUGUGAAGGUCGACUGCAGGCACGCUUUCGUCCUAUGCGGACCAGCUAAGAUGCCAAACACUGACAAAGACAAGAAGCUACUCCACAAGCUGGGCUUCACGCUGGGGGAGACCUUAGGAGAGGGUGCGUUCUCCACGGUGAGGGCGGCCACCUCCCCCAAGUACACGGUCCCCCUAGCUAUCAAGAUGGUGGACAAGCGAAGGGCCUCUCCAGAAUUUGUGGAGAAGUUUCUGCCCCGGGAGCUCUCCAUCCUGCGUGAGCUGGAUCAUCCCAACAUCGUGCUCAUCUUUGAGAUCUUUGAGCUGACCGACGGCAUGGUCUACAUCGUGAUGGAGUCGGCAGCCUUCGACCUGCAGCAGCGGCUGCAGCAGCUGGGCAAGCUGCCCUGCGUCCCCGACGCCCGGGACAUCUUUGUGCAGGUGGUGGGGGCCGUGCACUGCCUCCACGACCGCAACAUCGUGCAUCGUGACCUCAAGUGUGAGAACAUACUGCUCAGUGCUGAUGGCCGCCAGGCCAAGAUUGCUGAUUUUAGCCUCAGCAAGGAAAUGAGCAGCUACCCAGAACUGAGCAGCACCUUCUGCGGAACAGAAGCCUACAUGGCCCCGGAGAUGUGGCUGCAUUACCCCCACGAUGCCAAGAAGUUGGACAUCUGGAGCCUGGGGGUGGUCCUUCUUGCCAUGGUGACUGGCAGCUUGCCCUUCCACGGCUGCCUCUGCAACACCAUCCAGCAUCAGAAGGAUGGGGUCCAGCACCUGAGGGGGGUGUCCGCGCUGCCGGAGCCCUGCCAGGCCCUGCUUGUCCAGCUGCUGCAGUUCUUACCAUCCUCCCGGCCCAGCGUGGCGCAGGUGGCCAGCAGCAGCUGGCUGAAGGUGGAUAUCUAA